AUGAUACCAAUACCAAGAAAUUUCUAUAGAAUCUUUGCUAGGUCUGCUACUACAUUUACCAAUGUUAAAAUUAAUAAUGUAGUCAAAAUUACAACAACAAAAGGUGCGCCAAUUGUUGGCACGGGAAUAUUUCAAAGAAAGAAUUUUCAUUCCUCAACAAAAAAUAAAUCAGAUAAAUUAUUUAUACAUCGAAAUACGCCAUAUAAUAAUCCAUCAAUUCCAUUUGAGCUUACACCUGAAAAUCUUAAACGAGCAGAAGAAAUCAUUAAAAGAUACCCACCACAAUACAAAAAAGCAGCCGUUAUACCUUUGCUAGAUCUUUGUCAACGUCAACUCGGUUGGACAAGUCUUUCAGUGAUGAAUGCUGUUGCAAAAUUAUUGGAAAUGCCUCCAAUGCGUGUAUAUGAAGUUGCAACUUUUUAUACAAUGUUUAAUAGGGAACCAGUUGGUAAAUAUUUUCUUCAAUUAUGCACAACAACACCAUGUGAAUUAUGCGGAGCGAAUGAAAUUUUAAAAACAAUUGAAGAUCAUCUUAAAAUCAAAGUUGGAGAGACUACAUCCGAUAAAUUAUUUACAUUGGUAGAGGUUGAAUGUGCAGGUGCUUGUGUUAAUGCUCCUGUUUUGGCCAUUAAUGAUGACUAUUAUGAGGAUUUGACGCCAGAAACAACAAUCAAGAUUCUUGAUGAAAUAAAAUCUGGAAAGUUACCUAAACAUGGACCGCAAACAGGUCGUCAUACCUGUGAACCAAAAACGGGCCUAACCACUUUAACAAGCGAACCUUAUGGACCUGGUUUUGGUGUUAGAUCAGAUUUAUAA